AGGAGGGCGCGGCGGCCAUGAUUCCCCGGCGGCGGCGCCCGCUCGGGCUUUGCCUCCUCCUGCUGCUGCUGCUGCUGCUGCUGCCGCUCCCGGGCGCGCCUGGGCACCGCGGCGCGGCGAAGCCGUGGGAAGGGGCCCACGAACCGGGUUCGGCCUGGGCCUGGCCCGGCUUCCAGCGCCUGCGGGAGCGGCUGCGGGCGGCCGGGGCCCUCUCCAAACGGUACUGGGCGCUCCUCAGCUGCCAGGUGUGGCCGGACGACUGCGAGGACGACGGGGAGGCAGCCGCGGGGCCCCCGGGCUGGAGCCUUCCCCUGUUGGGCCAGCAGUACCUGGAUGUCCUGACCACAUGGUACUGCAGCUUUCGGGGCUGCUGCCACAGCCGGGAUUGCAGGAUCUCCAACAACUUCACAGGCUUGGAGUCAGACCUGAAUGUGCGACUGCAUGGUCAGCAUUUGGUCCAGAAGCUGGUCCUAAGAACAGUGAGGGACUACUUAGAGUUGCCCCGGCCAGACAAGGCCCUGGCUCUGUCGUUCCAUGGCUGGUCUGGCACAGGCAAGAACUUCGUGGCACGGAUGCUGGCGGAGAACCUGUAUCGGGAUGGGCUGAAGAGUGACUGUGUCAAGAUGUUCAUCGCCACGUUCCACUUUCCUCACUCCAAGUAUGUGGACCUGUACAAGGAGCAGCUGCUGGGCCAGAUGCAGGAGACGCAGCAGCUCUGCCCCCAGACCCUGUUCAUCUUCGACGAGGCUGAGAAGCUGCACCCGGGGCUACUGGAGGUCCUUAGGCCAUACUUGGAACGCCAGGUCCCUGAGGGCCACAGGGCCAAGUCCCCAAGAACCAUCUUUCUUUUUCUCAGUAACCUUAGAGGCAACAUCGUCAAUGAGGUGGUCCUAAAUUUGCUUAAAGCUGGAUGGUCCCGGGAAGAAAUUACAAUAGAACACUUGGAACCCCACCUCCACGCUGAGAUUGUGGAGUCCACAGACAGUGGCUUUGGCCACAGCUGUCUUGUGAAGGACAACCUGAUUGACUACUUUGUCCCCUUCCUGCCGCUGGAGUACCGUCAUGUGAGGCUGUGUGUACGUGAUGCUUUCCUGAGCCAGGAGCUGCAGUACACUGAAGAGGCACUGGAUGAAAUCUCCAGGAUGAUGGUGUAUGUCCCCAGGGAGGAACAACUCUUCUCUUCUCAGGGCUGCAAAUCUAUUUCCCAGAGAAUUACCUACUUCCUGCCAUGAAGGCUAGAUAAAGACUUCUUGGAGCUACCUUACUUACACUAAUGGGACCCGGGGACCUGUGAGAGCACUGCUUGGGACUGUAAGGUGUGGGAGGGGCAGACUGGCAUCCAGCGAUUACCAGGAUACAACUGGUGUGUAAAAGGAAGUCCUUAUGUUAGAAGCAGAGCCAAUUCUUAAGCUCACUUGGUGCCUUAAAGACACACAUUACAAAAUGGCUAGGUGGUUGGAGCAAGCCUUAUGGGAGAUCAACAAACCCCAAGGGCUCAUUACAACUCUGCAGAUAGUCUCCUUUGCACCUCAGCUCCUCCUUGCAGAUGCCUGGACUUGGGCUUCAGAGGCUGCAGGAUUCUUGGGUUACAGAGCAGGGAAGAAUGCAAUUCUGUCACCUAGGAGUACAGAGUAUACCUCAGGUUUGCAAGCUGGGUGGGCUGGCUUUCAAGUGGUUGCUCCCGGAGGAAAGUUGAGCAGCUUCUGUUGUGAGCAGAUCAACAAAGCCUCAGGCUGAAGGGAAAAGUGCACAGAGGAAGAUAUUUUUAACAUCAGGUCAGUGUUGGCUAAGACUUACUCUGCUCUACAGAUUGAAAAAGAUUUUUUAAAAUUCAGGGUCUUGACAUGACUAUGUCAUAUAUAGAGAUUAAAAUUUUGUAUUUUUCUAGAGUCCUUGGCCUGCUUUCUGAGACUUAGUAAUUGUGCUCACUUAGCAAAAUUUCAAAUGCCAGGUAAUCCUGCUGGGGCCUGGUGGAGACAGGGUGAAUGCUGGCACUCACGCAGCUGGCAGGGAUGUGCUCGUCUUCCAGUUUACGCCAGUUUGGUUUGGGGCCACAUCUGCUGAGCUGGGUUGCACCAGCUUCUUAACGAAGAGGCUUCCACAGCAUAUUGCUCUUCUGUAUGAAAGCAUUCACUCCUGUACUCUCAGCUUUAAAAAGGAAAGCAGUCAUUUUGUGAAUUAAAUGGCAUUGUGUAAACGUGAAGCACUGGGCUUAUGCA